AGCAAAGGAACAGAAGCACGCGGACCGUGGCGCUGUCACCUUGCGUCACGCGGCACCAGCCACAGGCCACAGCGACCCCAUCGACAUCCAUCGAUCACCCAUGGCCUCCUCGCUCCGCCAUUUCGCCGGCCUCGGCUGUUUCCCCGCCGUGGCCUCUACCUCUGGCUCCACCUGCUGCCUGCGCCGCUACACCCCAAACUUCUGCGCCUUCGUGGCGCUCCGUCCGAUCAGCCCGCCCGCCGCCACCGCCACGGCGACUGCCAAGGCCCUCACCUCUCCGUCUCCGGUGGAGCAGCACCUACAGGCCGUCGUCCCGUGCCACGGCAUCAGCGACCCGCCGGCGGCGUCAUCGGCAGCAGCGGUCCCGGCGGCGCCGCUGCGGGUGGGGAUCGUCGGGUUCGGCAACUUCGGGCAGUUCAUCGCGGGCGGGCUGCAGCGGCAGGGCCACGUCGUGCUGGCGGCUUCCAGAUCCGACUACUCCGUCUACUGCGCCAGCCAUGGCAUUCGCUUCUUCAGGAGCGUCGACGCGCUGUGCGAGGAGCAGCCGGACGUGCUGCUCAUCUGCAGCUCCAUCCUGUCCACGGAGGGCGUCGUCCGAGCCAUCCCCUUCCGCAAGCUCCGCCACGACACCAUCGUCGCCGACGUGCUCUCCGUCAAGGAGUUCCCUCGCAACCUCCUCCUCGAGGUUCUCCCACCGGGAUUUGGGAUCAUCUGUACGCACCCCAUGUUUGGGCCGGAGAGUGGUAAACACGGCUGGGGCAAGCUUCCCUUCGUCUUUGACAAGGUCCGUGUCGCGGAAGACGGGGAUCAGGCAGCAAAGUGCGACCAGUUCUUGAGCAUAUUUGAACAGGAGGGAUGUAGGAUGGUGGAGAUGUCAUGCGCGGAGCAUGAUCGCUACGCUGCGGGAAGUCAAUUCAUCACGCACACAAUUGGGAGGGUUUUAUCACAACUGAACCUCAAGUCAACGCCAAUCAACACCAAGGGUUAUGAAACCUUGCUGCAACUUACCAAGAACACCGUAAGCGACAGUUUCGAUCUGUACUAUGGGCUCUUCAUGUACAAUGUCAAUGCCACAGAGCAGCUCGACAAACUGGAAAUGGCAUUUGAGAAGGUGAGACAGAUGCUGUCUGGCAGGCUCCACGACUUCAUACGAAAGCAGAUUGUGGAGAGGGCAGCCCAUGUGCCAGCAGAUCCUUCAGGAAAAUUGGCAAAUGGUUUGUCCAGUUCUCCUGCAGCUCGCCUCUUAUAGACAGUAACUGAAGAAAAUAAGACACAUGUAUUGUUUCCUACACUUCAACCGGAUACUUCCCAAAUCCCCAUUUGUACAUCUUCCUAACUAUUACUUCGUCCCAAAUCCCCAUUGGCAAAUAGUUUAGAUGUUGGUGGAUUUUUCUGCAGAUUUGAUCAUCAAAGAUAAAAGGUGUUUAAUUUAGAACAAAAACCAAAGUGAAACAUAAUUUAAAACAGUUAAGAGUAUGUUGUUGUAAGUGUGCAGUUUCCAUAGUUAUUAUUAUUGACUA